AGUCACGUUUUGAAGAUGCUUCCUCUCUACUCCCCUUCCUCUUUUCAAUCUCCAAAAAGUUAGCUUUUUACCUGUUGGUUUUGCUUUUAGGGUUGUCCAAAUCUCCAAUUCCUUUUGCCCGAAGGUAAAAGCUCGUAUUUAGCUAACCCCCACUGCCCCGUUGCUUAUGUUUAAAUAAAUCAAUGGAUUUCUCAAGGCAAAAGCGGAUGUUGCAAUUCUGGAUUGAUAAAAUUGGAAAUAUUCUACUUCGAUUAUCGUGGCAUCUAGUACAUGCUAUUAUCUACUUAUUCUACUUUACGAUGGACAUGGUGCAUGCGCUUGAAAGCCAUCUUAUCUCUCGGGGAUUACUGAGGAAAUACAAGUCCCUCCAUAUAUCCAAGAUAAACUAUCUGGCAAUUGUGAUGGAAAGUGAAGAUGCUUCCCGAACUUCAAAUGUUAUUCAGCUUUUGCAAUGGGUGGUAGCUCUUGGUAUCAACCAUAUUUGCCUUUAUGAUAAUGAAGGAAUACUGAAGAAGUCAAAAGACUUUAUCUUGAACAAAUUCGAUGGUGCAAUAUUGUUUCAGGAUACUCAUGAAGAUAAAAUGCUACUAAACCAACCAUGUAAGACUCUGGAAUUUGUAUCAUUUUCUGAUGGGAAAGAAGCGGUCGCAAGAGCAGCCAAUGUACUUCUUAUGAAGUAUAUAAAAUCAGGUGCCACUGGCUCAAACCUGGGAGAACAAAUCUUCAGGGAAUCUCAAAUGAGCGAGGCACUCAAAACUGUUGACAUAUGGGACCCUUGAAGUCUAUGAAAUAUGGGUCGCUAAUUAAGGCAAUUUACAGAUUCACAACGGUGCGGCAAAACUAUGGUAAAUGAGGUGGUGCAAUGGGAGAUCAUGUUCCUGGAUCAGUUGAAUUACAUACUAUAUAUGGAAUAAAUGCUACAGUUUGAAGUUUAUAAAUUAAUGGCUGAUAAUCUCCCGG